GAGAGAGAGAGAGAGAGCGAAUCGCUUUAUGGAGAACCUUGUGGUCCUACGCUAAUUAGCUUCCUGCCUCGAGCAUCGAUUCAAGCUCAUCGCGGCCCCGAAGACUCUUCCCCAAGGAAAUAGCUCUCGGUCGUCAUGUGUUUGCUUUAAUGCUGCAAGUGGAUUCCUACUCCUGAGACCUGAAUCCCGGUUGCAGAAGAGAAGGAAGACCAUGAGAACCAGGAAAGGCAGGCGCUCCGAGUCCUUUUGGCCCUCAAUCGUGAUGAGGAAGUGGCUCAACAUCAAGCCAAAGGUGCACGAAUUCAGCGAGGACGAGGCCGAUACAGAGAGCAGCGAUGAUGAUGAUGAUGCAAGAUUCUCCUAUACAAUUCCAUUUCCCGGAACACUCCUAAGCAAGAACGAGUGCAGAACUCAAGCCUCAGAAACAAGGGUCACCUUGUCAAGACUUCGAAGAAGGAAAUCGGAAACCCUGCGAGUUAACUACAUCACCAACAAAGAUGUGAGGGUGAUGAUUGGCACAUGGAAUGUCGCGGGAAGGCUCCCUUUGCAGGAUCUUGAGCUUGAUGAGUGGCUUGAUACUGAUCAACCUGCUGAUAUGUAUGUUCUUGGUUUCCAGGAAGUAGUCCCUUUGAAUGCUGGGAAUGUUCUUGGAGCUGAGGACAACAGGCCAAUCCAAGAAUGGGAAGCAAUCAUAAGAAGAACACUCAACAAAUCUUCGCAGCCGAAGACACUCUGCAAGAGCUACACUGCUCCUCCCUCGCCUGCAUCCAUCUCAUCUCCUACUGAUCCCCACACCGAUGGAACACAAGAAGAAGAACGAACCGAUCGGACUAGCUUGCUCAAGGGAUUCGAGUUAGAUUGGCCUGAGCAUUCGUUUGAUGCACCACAGCAAGUGUUGGUCUCCGGUAAGAGACUGAGGAGGGUGUUGAGCAGUACUGCUAGAAGUGGAGUGGAAGAAGCUCAGGUUUACGCAGGACUGAGAAGAGUGUGUCAAAGCUCAGGGAAUCUAGGAAUGAUCUGGCCGGAGCAGCAAGAAGCAUCUGAUGUGCUGGAUUCGAUCGACGACAUGUCGAAGCCAAGCUCACGAUACUUCCGCGUCGUCAGCAAGCAGAUGGUGGGCGUUUACGUCUCGGUUUGGGUCUGCAGUAGGCUGCGCCGCCAUGUCAACAACCUGAAGGUUUCCCCCGUCGGCGUUGGACUCAUGGGCUACAUGGGCAACAAGGGAUCGGUUUCUGUCAGCAUGACGCUCUUCCAAUCGCGCUUGUGCUUCGUCUGCUCUCACCUGACGUCCGGCCACACGGAGGCGGAUCAGCACAAGCGCAACUCCGACGUCCAUGACAUCCUCCAUCGCACGAGUUUCGCUUCCCUGGACGCUGCUGACCAUCCACAGACGAUUCCCUCGCACGAUCGCAUCUUCUGGUUCGGGGACUUGAAUUAUCGCCUCAACAUGCCUGAUGCUGAGAUAAGAGCAUUAGUCGCCGGGAGGUGUUGGGAUGAGCUGAUGAACUUUGAUCAGCUGAGCAAUGAGCUAAGAGGCGGCCACAUAUUUGAUGGGUGGAAGGAAGGGCUCAUUGCUUUUCCUCCUACUUACAAGUAUGAGAUGAAUUCUGACAGAUACGUCGGAGAAAUUGCCAGAGAAGGGGAGAAGAGGAGAUCACCAGCAUGGUGCGAUCGGAUUCUGUUUCUGGGAAAGGGAAUCAAACAGGUAUCUUACGGGAGAUCUGAGCUAAAUCUAUCCGAUCAUCGCCCGGUAAGCUCUGUGUUUAUGGUUGAAGUUGAAGUGCUCGAUCAGCGAAAACUGGAAAGGGUGCUAAACUUCACCAACGCUGGAUUGCUGCCGGAAGAGAUCUAAAAAGCUUGUAGAUUGGAUUUACCUUCGACUCAUCACUGCCGCUCCACAUUUCCGAGAUGGACAGGCAGUUCUUGAAAUCGAAUCUCGGAGGAAAUUGGACUGAUCCGACAGCGUGGGAUGCCGAAAGUGCAGUGAUUGUAAAGUGCGUCUGUGGAAGUAUUCAAUCAAGAAGAUAGAUCACAGCAUAAAUCAAUUCUCAAAAUGGAAAUUGUUAUGUUGAAAUUAUGUUUGGUAAUAAUGAUUGAGAUGGAACGAACAGAUAAAUAAGUAAACUAUUUCUGUGAAGGAUACGUCAAUUUGAUUUA